CUUGUGCUGCCGUCGGAGGAGGACCAGCAGCGGUGGCCCUGGGUGGAGGACGUGGAGUGGGAGGCGGCGGCCAUUGCAGCCGCCGUGACUCAGGUGCGGCCCCCAGAGGAGGUGUUGCAUCGGCCCGCGGCUAACCCCAGCGACUGGCGCAAGAGCGGAGGUGGUGGCAGCGCUGCUACACGCGAGCGCUCUGCCGCGGAACUGGGUGCCGAGUUGGAUGAGGAGGGCGUGCUGACGUUUCCGGAGUUGGAGGAUGUGGAGUUAGAGCUCGAGCUGCAGAUGGGUUCCGGAGCCGCCGGCGUACGGCGUUUCUCAGUAGUGGGGGUGCGGCUGCGGCAUGUGAUCGGAGUGGUGGCGCAACCCGCUGUCGGCAGCAGCAGCGCCGCUGGGUGCACCCAAGCAGGGAGCCUGAGCCGCGUACGGCACCUGCUGCGCCCCUCCCUGGCGCCCAUGUCCUCCCUGUUCCACGUGCUGGCGCACUGGGUACCGCAGCAGACGGUGGCGGCUCAUAACCUGCUGGUACGGCUGCUGGAGUGAGGCGGUGUGUUAAGAAUACUGGGAGCUAGUCGGAAUGUACUGUAAUUGCCGGAAGAUGAGUGAGUGUGUGUGGAUGAAGGGUGCGGGUGGUGUUGGUGGGCGGCGGCCUGCGGUAACCGUUUUGGGAGUGGUUGGGUGUGGCUCCAGGGAGUGGGAUUCUUAGGGUUUGGAAGGGGCAGAGGAGCCAAAAUGCAACAGACUUAAGGGAGGUGUGCGCAUGUCGGGUGCCUCGGGUUCAUACAUGUUGAUGGAACGACGGGUUAGCAACCGUUGGAAGACAUUGUGAAAGUUAUGUCGCAGUGGAGGCCCCGCUGAGCAUUCGA